UGUCCAAGCUCAGUGUUGGAGCCGACGCCUCCCGUGCGCAACUCGCCGCCUCUCCGCGCUUGUCCCGCGCCAACCCGCGCUAAUUACUCCUCCACCAUCGCUCCGCCCCACAACACUCUGCUUUUCUUCGCCCCACCCAACCCUACUGCAUCCCACCCUUGGUCCUAGUCCAUUCCUCCCCCGCGGGGUCGGAGCGCGGGGGGGACCUGGGUCGGCUGUCUGGUCAGCCGCCUGGGACCUCGAGCUGUGCUGCUGGGCAGGUAGCCGCGGGGCAGAAGCCGGGGAUCCCAGCAGCCCCGCUUUCUGAGCCCCGCUUUUUCUAGUCCAUGGACACCUGAGAACUGUGGGAGCCCAAGAGACGCCCCAGGACAGAGUCAGGAACAGCCGCUGGAGCUUCUCCUCGAGAUUGCUGAAAGAAAUCGUCACGCGUGGAUGCGGCGAGAGCCUAGAGACUCGAGUAGCCGGCGCUGCUUCUGCCCUCGGGCGCCUUAUGGCUUGAAGGAACAAAGCUCAGCUGGCCAGUGGCUCCAUUGCUCCCAUGGAUCCCUUGAACCUGUCCUGGUAUGAUGAUGACCUGGACGGCCGGAAUUGGUCCCAGUCUUUGAAUGGAUCUGAGGCAAAGGCAGACAAGCCCCACUACAACUACUAUGCCAUGCUACUCACUCUGCUCAUCUUUGUCAUCGUCUUCGGUAACGUGCUGGUGUGCAUGGCGGUGUCUCGGGAGAAGGCGCUCCAGACCACCACCAACUAUUUAAUUGUCAGCCUGGCUGUGGCUGACCUCCUCGUGGCCACGCUGGUCAUGCCCUGGGUCGUCUACCUGGAGGUGGUGGGAGAGUGGAAAUUUAGUCGGAUUCACUGUGAUAUCUUUGUCACCCUGGAUGUUAUGAUGUGCACUGCGAGCAUCCUCAAUCUCUGUGCCAUUAGCAUUGACAGGUACACAGCAGUAGCAAUGCCGAUGCUCUACAACACCCGCUACAGCUCCAAGCGCCGCGUUACCGUCAUGAUCACCGUUGUCUGGGUUCUUUCCUUUGCCAUCUCCUGCCCACUGCUCUUUGGACUCAACAACACAGAUCAGAACGAGUGUAUCAUUGCCAAUCCUGCCUUUGUUGUCUACUCCUCCAUUGUCUCCUUCUAUGUGCCCUUUAUCGUCACCCUGCUGGUCUACGUUCAGAUCUACAUCGUUCUUCGAAGGCGCCGGAAACGGGUCAACACCAAGCGCAGCAGCCGGGGGCUGGAGUCUGACGCACAGGCCCCUCUCAAGGACAAGUGUGCUCACCCUGAGGAUAUGAAGCUCUGCACUAUCAUCAUGAAAUCCAAUGGGAGUUUCCCAGUCAACAAGAGGAAAGUGGAGGCUGCACGCCGUGCGGAACAGUUGGAGAUGGAGAUGAUGUCCAGCACCAGUCCACCGGAGAAAACCAAAUACAGCCCUAUUCCUCCAAGCCACCAUCAGCUCACCCUCCCUACCCCCUCUACCCAGGGAGUCCAUUCUUCCCCUGACAGUCCCAUGAAGCCAGAAAAGAAUGGGCAUGCCAAAGGUCACCCCAGGUCUGCCAAAGCCUUUGAGAUCCAGUCUAUGCCCAAUGGCAAAACCCGGACUUUGCUCAAGUCCAUUAGCCGGAGGAAACUUUCCCAGCAGAAGGAGAAAAAAGCCACCCAGAUGCUGGCCAUCGUCCUUGGAGUGUUUAUCAUCUGCUGGCUGCCGUUCUUCAUCACCCACAUCUUGAAUAUGCACUGUGACUGCAACAUUCCACCGGCCAUGUACAGUGCAUUCACGUGGCUGGGCUAUGUCAACAGUGCUGUGAAUCCCAUCAUUUAUACUACCUUCAACAUCGAGUUCCGCAAAGCCUUCAUGAAGAUUCUCCAUUGCUGACCCCACCAGCUGCCUGUCCACCUGCCUGCCCAUUCAACCAUUUGCCCAUCUGUGUCACCAAGUAAAGAGCCUAUGGUGAUGAGGGGAGGGAGAACUGGCCCUCCUUUCUGAGUCCAGUGGGUCCUGAACAGCUUCCCUCCACCACUCUGGUAGGUAGGGUGGGGGCUCCAGGGGCAGAUCUAUGGAAUUUUGUCACAGAGUCACUUUGCCCACAGCUAUAGUGUCUAAACUUCUGAAGCAGCAAGAUGCUUAUUGGCGCUGAUCCUAGAGCUGGACCCCUCAAGGACUUUGGGAACAGUUAAUAUGGAGAGCAGGCUCAGCUCAAAGGGACGUCCCCCUCAUCUUCCUGGAUGCUUCCUAUUUGCACCAAAGACAAAGCCACAUUUUCUGUCCCCAUCUCCUCUCUGACUCUGAGCAUGGAUGCAUCAGCUGGGAAACCUAACUGAGGUCUCUCAACCCUGCUCACUUUCCACCUGCCUGGCCCUGGGUGGGAUCUGAGAAGUCAGUGGGAGAGAUUUGGUCAAGAUCGGGGACAGAGGGAGCAACAGCUAAGGUUCCGUCUGGCAUCCACCUUCAGGACCAUGAAACCUAUGUAAAUACUAGACCACAGGAUGAAUUCCAGAGAAGCCCAAGCCAAAAAGAGAAAAGGAAAAAAAAAAAAACAUAAAUCCUUCUCCAAGAUGCUGCUUUGCAUGGCAGAGAGUAGUGGUCUAGGAGCUCCUCCCUAUGCACCUUCCAGCUUCCUACCUAGUAGCUGCUAUAUGAAGUUCUGAACUAAUGCUGUCUUUGUGCAUUGAGCUGGGCAGCUCAUGGGCUCCAUAAGCAAAAGGGGGAGAGAGAAAUGGGUUAUGAGACUUUGGUUACUUUCUGAGAGACCUUAUGGUUUAGCAUCCCAAUAAAUAAUUAUAGAUUCUGCCUCAAAACUUUAGGACCUGAAUAUUGGUCUGUGGCUGGAGUGAGGGCAUCUAGGGUAGGGGCUGGCAACCUGUGGCAAGAGUAUCAUAGUGUUACUCGGGGUGAUGAUGUUGGUAGCCUUGUGCCACGGCUUCUCUUCUUCUCUUCUUCCUCUUUCCCUCUUUUCUUCUUCUGCUUGUCCCUUUCCCUUUUCUAUUCCUUGCCUGCCAUCAGCUAAAUAGGCUGUUGACCCUGGCCCAAACUGGCCUGACAUGGUUCUGAGUGGGGGGCUAGGGGAAAGUGUGGCUGCUGGGGAGGUUACUUGGCUCCUGUGUCUAUAAGACCACUGGCUGUCCCCAAACCCCAGUCUUUCUGUACCAUCACUGUACAUAUGACAAUCCAAUAAAAUCUAAUGGAAACAG